CCAGGCAGCAACUCACAAGCAUUCAAUAAAGUCUAAACACAUUUUUAUAAUUCUCAUACCUGUUCUAACAAUACUAACACAGGUGAGCCAGACUGAUUCCAGCUCUGCAUUUGUCCAUGUUCAAUUAAGACAUGGGGGCUUUUGCAAGAGCUAACACCUCAUCUGCCAGUGCCACAGGCAGGAUCGGCAGGGAUGGUGUCCCUAGCCUCUGUUUGACAGAAGCUGGGAAUAGCUGACAGGGGAUGGAUCACUUGAUGAGUACCUGUUCUGUUCAUUGCCUCUGAGGCACCUGGCAUUGGCCACAGAGCUAGAUGGACCAUUGGUCUGAUGCAGUGGGCUGUUCUUAUGUUCACAGUCUCUGUCAGGAAUAUCUACUCAUUUGGACUCACUGGGCCACAGAAAGAAACAAGGUGUGCUGAGGCAACAAUGCCCCAUCUGAGAGCCCCUGUGGUCACGCUUCCCAAAAGCUGAAACUAGACACAACCCAUGAAAGGGGGCACUCCCAGGAGAGACUGUAUAAAGGCUGGAGCAUCAAACAACUUUGUAAACCUGAGACAGCUGCCUUGGGGACAGUGACAGGGAGAAUCCCCCAAAGUGACUCCUUUUCUUCUGCUCUUCUCUGGCUUUUGGUUCAUAGACUCAGCAGAACUGGAAGGGACCUCAAGAGGGCAUCUAGACCAAUCCCCUGCACUCAAGGCAGGACUAAGUAUUAUCUAGACCAUCCCUGACAGGUGUUUGUUCAUCUUGCUCUUAAAUAUCCCUAAUGAAGGAGAUUCCACAACCUCCCUAGGCAAUUUUAUUUCAGUCCUUAACCACUCUGACAGUUAGGAAGUUUUUCCUAAUCUCCAACCUAAACCACUCUUGCUGCAAUUUAAGCCCAUUGCUUCUUGUCCUAUCCUCAGAGGUUAAAAAGAACAAUUUUUCUCCCUCCUCCUUGUAACAACCUUUUAUGUACUUGAAAACUGUUAUCAUGUGCCCUCUCAGUCUUCUCUUCUCCAGAAUAAACAAACCCAAUUUUUUCAAUCUUCCCUCGUAAGUCAUGUUUUCUAGACCUUCAGUCAUUUUUGUUGCCCUUCUUUGGACUUUCUCUAAGUUGUCAACAUCUUUCCUGAAAUGUGGCAUCCGGAACUGGACACAAUACUCCAGUUGUGGCCUAAUCAGCGCAGAAUAGAGCGGAAGAAUUACUUCUCAUGUCUUGCUUACAAUACACCUGCUAAUAUAUCCCAGAAUGAUGUUUGCUUUUUUGCAACAGUGUUACACUGUUGACUCCUAUUUAGCUUGUGAUCCACUAUGAUCCCUUUCCGCAGUACUCCUUCCUAGGCAGUCAUUUCCCAUUUUCUGUGUGUGCAACUGAUGUUCCUUCCUAAGUGGAGUACUUUGCAUUUAUCCUUUUUGAAUUUCAUCCUAUUUACUUCAGACCAUUUCUCCAGUUUGUCCAGAUUAUUUUGAAUUUAAAUCCUACCCUCCAAAGCACUUGCAACUCUCCCAGCUUGGUAUAGUCCACAAACUUGAUAAGUGUAACAGAGAAAGACUGUUACUGGGAGGGUUUCACCAUGUCUCAGAGGGUUCCACCCUGGUGGGAGGGGGCUAGGCCUGUACUGGAGUAAGGUCACUCUGUGCUUCACAGCAUGGCAGAACCUAGAAUGUCCAUUAGGAGGGAAAAAUCCUGGGCGGAAUCUGCAUAUGGAAUGGACAAAAGCCCCAUCCGAGUUAUCUCACGUUGCCCUUCUUGCCCUGGCAGGCUACAGAAUAAUGUCCAUGUUUUGCUCUAGAUCAUCCCAUCCUCCCAGGAGGAAGGAAAUGGCUGCUGUGGAGCUGGCUCAGGGGCUGGUGACUUUCAAGGAGGUGGCUGUGUAUUUCACCAGGGAAGAGCGGGCUCUGCUGGCUCCCUUUCAGAGAGCCCUCUACAGGGAUGUCAUGCAGGAAAACUAUGAGACCGUGGUCUUGCUAGGGUUUCCAGUUUCCAAACCUGAUGUGAUCUCGCAGCUGGAACGAGGGGAAGAGCCAUGGGUCCCAGGCCCCCACUGCUCUGAGAAAGAAGUGCUCCCAAGACCUGCCUGCACAGGUGAUGGGAUAGUGAGUGAGAAUGAGGAGGAGAAACCCCAGCAGGAAGAUGCUGAGCAAGUAGAACCACAUGGGACGUUAUCAGGAAGAUCCAAAGGGAAUGAUUCCGGGAGUUGUGCACUCCCAGAAAAAGCAAAAGCCUUUGAGACUCAGCAGAUGCCAGAGGAAAACUUGAGGAGCCACUCAGACCUUACUACACGCGAGAGAAUUAAUUUGGAAGAGACGUGCUAUACAUGCCAAGAGUGUGGGAAAAGCUUCAGUGGGAGCGCAGACCUUUUCACACAUCAGAUAAUCCACAGAAGAGAGAGACCCUACAUGUGUUCUGAGUGUGGGAAAAGCUUCAAUCAGAGCUAUACCCUAAUCAGACAUUGGAGAACCCACACUGGAGAGAAACCCUAUACGUGCUCCGAGUGUGGGAAAAGCUUCAAUCAGAGCUCAAACCUUAUCAGACAUAGGAGAAUCCACACAGGUGAGAAACCUUAUGAAUGCUCUGAGUGUGGGAAACGCUUCAUUCAUACUUCAGCCCUCAUCUCGCAUCAGAAAAUCCACACAGGAGAGAUGCCCUACACAUGCACUGAGUGUGGGAGAAGCUUCAAUCAGAGCUCUGACUUGAUCACGCAUCGCAGAAUCCACACAGGAGAGAGACCCUACAUGUGCUCUGUGUGCAGGAAAAGCUUCAAUCAGAGCUCAAUCCUUCUUAGACAUCAUAAAAUCCACAUGAGAGAGAACUGUAAUAAAUGCCUUGACUAGGGCUGGCCAAAGAUUUUUCUUUAAAAAAAAAAAAAUCACAUUUGCUAAUUCCCACAGAGUGAUCUUCGCACCAUCUUCACCGUGGUGUCUCAGCUCCCCCAGAUGAAUUGCCUGGUUCUGCCUUUUGCAGCUCACCUUUCUUUGGGGGUCAGUCCUGUGAUCUUUUCUAUCAACUCCUUUCUUUUUGAGUUGAAGGACUGUGUGUCCCUCCAGCCAGGAAUCUUCAUCAACUCCAGGUGGGAGAGGGAGGUUUGAUCCCAACAAGCUACACUGAGGCAAAAACUACCUGUGCCCUACAUCCACUUGGACUGUACAUAGCGUUGGCUGCUCAAGUUAGUGAUCUUAGUGUAAAAAGACAAUUAUAGUUGUAGCGCAGAUGUAGCCCAGAUGCAGUGGUUGCAUUAGUUUUCCCCUUGGCCUGACCUAAACUCCAUCACUUUUCCUAGUCUAAACAAACCCUGAGAAUCAUGGUUAUACUGUUCCCCCAUUUCAAAGCAAUUGUUAGUCAUCAAGAUCCCCCUUUGGGAACAAAUUGUUUCAUUCCCAAUUGCUCUGAUGUUGCUUCAGGUUGUGCUGAAGAGCAGAUAUUUUUACUACCAUUUUCCUCACUUAAAAUAUAUUGAACUAUAACAAAGAGCAGGAACAGGGUAGGGAUAGGAAAAAAUGUCAUUUCACCCUCUGUAACAACCGAAGAAGAUAUGGUAAGUCAGAGAGAUUCCCUUAUUCCCCAUCACCAUCCCAAUCCCCCUGUUGUUUAAUUGGUUAGGUCAAUAUUUUUUUCUAAAUGGCUGGGAAGAGGAUUCCCUGGUAAAUGACUUGGAACUAAGCAAAAUACGCAUGCAUUUAGCUCCAGAAGCAGUUGUGGCCCAAGCCCUGCAGGAGAUAUCCUGAAGAUAGCUCCUUCCUAAUCAGGUACAUGUUACCUGUUGUUUGGGAAGUGCAAUCCUUAGCUACGUAGGAAUGAGAAAAAUGGACAUUUCUGUUCAGCUUACCCCUGGGAGAUGCUGCAAAUGCUUAGAAAAUGAAAUACAUGUUGAAUGGGAAUAGCUGCAGAAGGAUACCUGAUAUUUGGUGUCUUACAGGGAUUAUAAGCCGCACUUGAAUUUAGUCCCUAAUUUAAACCUGUGCCACCAGAUUAAAGAAAUAAAGGGGCAUUUUGGGGAGUUAUACCUCACUAUCACUACUGAUAUGUUAUAUGGUUGGUGAAGGAUUCUACACCAGAGAAGUGUAAAAUAAAUCUUUGACCUUGGAGUAGACAAGAACUCAGAUAGAAAUUGCAGGUACGAGUGGUUGAUUUUCACCCUAGUGAUGGAAGCUAUGUUGACCUGUGGCCCAGGUAAACUAUUUUUAGAACCUGCUCCCUGGUUAAGUGGCAUUGAUCACACUCCUAAAGGAUGCCAUGAUUAAACUGGGAACAACUGUCUUUUUCACCUGAUUCCUUCAGAGCCAUUCCAUGCCUAUGGGUCCCAAUGUGGCUUCCUUUUUGGACAAGAAGCACUUCCAUCCUGGGAAGAUGAUGGUAGCCAAUGAGAGAGUGUAUCAGAUUCCAAGUUCAGACUGCAGGAUAUAUGAAUGCUGAGUCCAGAGUUUGUGGUUUGGUCUCUUAGUUUUGCUCUUGAGUCUAAUGCAUUUGUAUCACUUCUCCACCUCCUGCUACUGUGGAAUAUUAGAAAGUGUGAAAAUAGAGCACAGGUGGUUUUUUUUCAUGAUGCAACCUUCUUCCCACGUAGUGAGAGACCCCUUCCACCCACACUUCUGGGAGACAACCCUGGGAGAAAUGAACUCACAGAAAUGGAAGGCUCCUAGGUUAUUGUAGAAUAUGACUUCACACAAAACUGACUGGGUUGAAAUGGGAAGUAAGAGAAAACUGCCCUAUAGGUUUAUAUUUUGUAAUCUUUGAACAAGUUGUUACCAAUGACAAUGAAAUUAAACAUGAAGUUAGUGUAAUUAGUGUAAGAAGCUGAUUCUGUGAUAACUUUCAGUGUUACAAUAUGAUUCACAUUUUCUUCUAAUUCUCUCCCUGCCCCCUCCUACUAUAUUGGAAAUGGGGGCUAAUCCUGAAAUUAAAACCUCACUCCAAAGGAAUUAGAGUGGGGGAAUAUGUGAGAGAAAUAGCAUGUAUGAGAAUAGAGACCCAGUAUGGACUGUAAUUUAUUUCUAUUUCAAAUGGAAUUUAUUUUGAUAAAUUUUAAAAUAAAUCUGCUGUUAAGAGGAAAAUUACUUGAGACAAGAUGUGUAACCUUUUACCCAUCCUCAACAGUGCUGAUGUGUUUUUGUUUGUUUGUUUGUCUCUCCUCCGGUGGUUGAUUUUUAAUAAAAGAAUGGUUUUGGUUUGAAA